AUGGAGAAUUACAAUGUACUUGCAACUAUGGCUGGAAAUUCCUCGGAUUGUACAAAUAUAUUAAGUAGUGCGGAUAAUGUAAUUGGACGUGCAUGCGGGGGAGUAGUUAAUAAUGGCAUCCAUUGUGCACCAGAAUUAGCCCGUAGCUAUAUUGAUCACUGGUUUGAGAAGUGUGGGCGUUUACUUGGGGUGUCUACACCGUAUGUUUUUGAGGGGUGUCUUAUUAUGGCUGGAUGGGAUGUAAAAGAUGUUGCUUAUGUUUAUGAUGUUCAACGUUCUGAAGUGAGUUACAUAACCAGACCAAAAGAGUACGGUGGAUUUGUGAAUGAAAGCGGUCGUGAAACGGUUCUGGAAUACUUCCGCACUUGCAAGAAAGUAGUCCAGAGUUCAAGUGAAUUGUUAAAACAUGUGAUAAGGGCUUUAAUAUGUGCAACCCUUUUUGAUCAAAAUAGCGGUGGAUAUCUUUGCGUGUUUGAGGUUAAAAAAAAGGAUGUUAAAGUGGUAUAUCAUCAAACGGUUUUGAGAGCGCUUUCUGAAUAUUACAAUGACAUGGUGGCAAUCACAAUGGCUGAAGCAGUUGGAAAGCCAGAAAUGACAGUGGCUGAUGAAGCGAAUAAUCCAUCCUAG